GCCUCUCUCUCUCUCUCUCUCUCUCUCUCCCUGGAAAAAAAAAAGCCUGUUAAGCCAGACAGCCACCUUUGCUAAACAAAGCCGCCCUGCUUUCUCAUCUAAUCCAGAGAUUGGAAAGAAAAGAAAAAUGUCUCAAAAUCUUACAAAACCAAACAGCAGCUUCAUUUCAAAGCGAUCGCCGCUCUGUACUUCUCUGUUCCUCGUAAUCCUCGUCGUCAUAGGUCUCUACACUGUCCAUCACCCACACAGAAAUCCCAAAAAUGCCCUACUUUUCCAGCAAUUAUUCCUCUCUUCUGCCACCAACUACACUGUCUCCUCCUACCUCCGUUCCCUCACCUCCCACCCUCAUGUCGCCGGCACCAAGCCUUCCCUCGAAACCAUCCACUACGUUAAAACCCACUUCCAAAACCUUGGCUUCGAAACCCACACGGUGCCGUUUCGGACCCUUUUGUCCUACCCUCUCCAUGCUUCCGUUUCAAUGCAUUUCAGUAACGGCACCGUCUUUAACUUGCCUUUAAACGAAAUGGGUAUCACUAAUUACGAUGUGUCUUCCAGCUUGAUACAACCCUACCAUGCAUUUUCUCCCUCGGGAACGACGCUGGGUAAGGUUGUUUUUGCGAACCGCGGGACGGAAGAUGACUAUGAUGCACUUGGACGGAUGGAGGUUAACGUUAGUGGGUGCAUAGUGAUGGUUAAAAAAGGUGGCGGUCUGGGUAGAGGGGCCGUUGUUGAAAUAGCUGAAAAAAUGGGCGCUUUGGGAGUGCUAAUGUAUGCUGAAGGGGAUAUUUCGAGGGGCAGCUUUGGGUUUGGAGUUGAAAGAGGGACAGUUAUGAGGGGAGUUGGGGACCCUUUAACUCCUGGAUGGGCUGGGGUUGAAGAUGGUGAGAGGUUGGAGUUAGAGGACAAUAAGGUUUCCGAGAGAUUCCCUGGAAUUCCAUCUCUGCCCUUGCCUUUUAAGAGUGCUCAGCUUAUCUUGGAGUCUCUUGGGGGUCCUUUAGCUCCGCAGGAAUGGAGGGAUUCCGGUCGGUCUAAUUUGUCCCGGGUUGGACCGGGUCUGUUUAUGGUGAAUUUUACUUACCAGGGAGAGAAAAAGUUGGCUACAAUUUAUAAUGUAUUCGCUGUCAUAAGAGGGUUGGAAGAGCCUGAUCGUUAUGUGCUUAUGGGGAAUCAUAGAGAUGCAUGGACGUAUGGUGCUGUUGACCCAAAUAGUGGCACUGCGGCACUUCUUGAUAUUGCUCGAAGAUAUGCCCUUAUGAUGAGAAAAGGUUGGAACCCUCGUAGGACAAUUAUCUUUUGCAGUUGGGAUGCUGAAGAGUUUGGAAUGAUCGGUUCUACAGAGUGGGUUGAGCAGAACCUUGUGAAUCUUGGUGCUAAAGCUGUGGCGUAUCUUAAUGUUGAUUGUGCAGUGCAAGGGCCUGGAUUCUUUGCCGGGGCAACUCCUCAGCUAGAUAAUCUUAUUUUUGAGGUCACAAAGAAGGUCAAGGAUCCGGAUUUGGAAUUUGCUACAAUAUACGACAAAUGGACAACCAUGAAUGGAAAAAGCAAUAUUGAAAGACUCACUGGUGUGGAUUCUGAUUUUGCACCAUUCUUGCAACAUGCCGGGGUUCCUUCUGUUGACAUAUACUACGGAAGAGAUUUUCCUGUAUAUCAUACUGCCUUUGAUUCCUUCAGCUGGAUGAUAAAUCACGCCGAUCCAUUCUUUUGGCGUCAUGUGGCUGUGGCUGGAGUUUGGGGUCUUUUAGGCAUUCGCCUUGCCGAUGAUCCAAUUCUACCUCUUGAUUACCUUUCAUAUGCUAAACAGUUGCAGGGGUAUAAAGAUACCUUGAGCGGAGUUUUGGAUGCCAGCAUAUCCCUUGCUCCCUUAGCUGCGUCAAUUCAGGAACUUACAUCUGCAGCUAAACAAGCUAACAAUGAAACAAAGAAUCUAAUGGCCAGAGAAUUUACCAAUGAUCUUUUAGCUCUGAAGAUCCGAGCAUUGAAUGAUAGGCUGAUGCUUGCCGAAAGAGGCUUCCUAGAUACAGAUGGAAUUAAAGGAAAGGAGUGGUUCAAGCAUCUCAUAUAUGGACCUCGCAUUGGCCACAGGAGCGAAUUUGAUUUCUUCCCCGGAAUAUCAGAUGCAAUAGCGGAAUCGAGCAGAAGGGAUAGGGAUGCAACAAUUCAGCAUGAAGUCUGGAGAGUUGCUAGAGCCAUCCAAAGAGCAGCAGCUGCACUGAGAGGAGAGGUCUUCUGAAAACAUUAAAUAUAAGAGAAAAAGAAAGGGAAGCAUAAAGUUGUAGAUAUAUGAGUCAAAUUAGUUCCUUUUGCCUGGACUUAGAGUAGAUAUUGAAUCUUUAGUUUAUGGCU